AUGAUGUACUCUAAUAAGGUGCUAUCUUCCCUUUUAAUCUCGGACGUCAAAGGUGUUCCAUCCAAUGACAUUAAUCCUAUCUUUGAUCUCCCAAAACUCUCAGAGCUUGAUACAUCAGAUGACUCCAUUCCUCUCAUUGAUCUUGAUGGCCUCGACGGUCCUAACCGGUCUCACAUUAUCAACCAGAUUGGCCAAGCAUGCGAAGAAUAUGGUUUCUUUAUGGUGAAGAAUCAUGGAAUUCCAGAGGCAACGAUUAGUAACAUACUAAGUACAGCAAUGAAGUUCUUCAAGUUGCCAAAUGAUGAAAAAUUGAAAUUCCAAUCUAAUGACCCUACCAAGACCAUCAGACUGACUACUGGUUUUAACGAUAAGAACCAGAAAGUCUUCGUGUGGAGAGAAUCCUUGAAGUUUCAUAGUUAUCCUAUAGAAGAUUACGAGCAUGAAUGGCCAGCAAAUCCUCCAUCGUUAAAGGAGGAUGUGGCUAAGUAUGGCACGAGUAUUAGAGGGCUGGAAUUUGCACUGCUUGAAGCCAUAUCGGAGAGCUUAGGCCUGGAAAGAGAAUAUAUAGACAAGACGUUGAGCAUGCAUGGCCAAGGGAUAGCCAUGAACUACUAUCCACCUUGUCCACAGCCAGAGCAAACUUUCGGAUUGCCUGGCCACACUGACCCUAGCAUUAUCACUAUUCUUUUGAUUGAUGAUGUUCCUGGACUCCAAGUCCUCAAAAAUGGCAAGUGGGUCAAUGUUAGUCCUAUUCCCAACACUUUCGUCGUCAAUAUUGGUGAUCAAAUUCAGGUACUUAGCAACGAUCGCUACAAAAGCGUACUUCACCGUGUCGUUGUAAACUGCGAUAAAGAGAGAAUAUCUAUCCCUUCGUUCUACUACUCAUCAUCGGAUACAGUAAUAGGGCCGGCGAAGGAGUUGAUCGACAAUGAUCAUCCGGCUGUAUAUAAAAAAUCUACCUGUAGAGCUUUCAAUGAGAGAAUGUGGAAUGGAGGACUUGCAGCAGCUAAAGCAGCUAAAUCCCAAUCGGAUGUGUCAAAACCCGCUGCUUAG